GGAGGGUGGUGGAAGAAGGGGAGCGGUUGCCUGGCUACGGCUUGUGUCAUCCUCCCGCGCCACCGUCGACGGACCGUCCCUUCUUUUCCUCUUCCCUCCCACCGCUGACUGUGUGUGAGGGGCAGAAAACAAGCGGCGCUCCGAGCGCGACUAGCAGCCGGACCGUCCCGUGGCUUCUGGGUCUCCUCCACCCUCCCGACUCAGACGCAGCUCCCCCUUCUCCCUCCCGCUCCGCGGAGCAGCCAGACCCCGCGCGGAGACUCAGUCACCCACAUGCCUGGGAGUGGGGCGGGAGCGGCGCUGAGCCUGGCCGCCUGGCUCCGCUUCCGCGCUGCCUCUGCCUGGCUGGGGCCCUAGCAGCGAUUCGGAGGAGAGUGUAUGAGAGCCAGAGCCGGGCUGGGGCCGCCUCCCCCUCCAAGGCCGGGGGUGGCCGGACCGGCCCCGGGGGGAAGCGGCGGGCGGCGCUGCGGUGGAGGCGGAGACGGCGGCGGCUCCUCCAUGUGAAGCGAGUCAGGACGCGCUAGUGAGCUCCCCGGAGCCGGGAGGCGGCGAGAAAGCUUCAGCCACCCGUCCAGGACCCUCGAGGCGUGCGCCUGAGAGACGCCCGAGUCGACGCUUCCCUCACAGCGAACUUGCUUCUGAGCCUUUCGAGCCCCCGAGCAUCUGGCUGCCGCGCCUCAGGUGCCGCGUUUCCCCCUUGGUCGCGGGUCUGUUGCGGCGGCAGCAGGAAACCCAGCCGGGCGCUGCUGCUGCUGCUCUCGUUCCCAAAAAUGUGAAAACAUUUGCAUCUUCAGAUAGUCUAGCAAAGGUCCAAGAAGUAGCAAGCUGGCUUUUGGAAAUGAAUCAGGAACUGCUGUCUGUCGGCAGCAAGAGACGACGAACUGGUGGGUCUGUUCGAGGUAAUGCUUCCUCAAGCCAGGUGGAUGAAGAGCAGAUGAAUCGAGUUGUAGAGGAAGAACAGCAGCAGCAGUUACGGCAGCAAGAGGAGGCUCACGUUGCAAGGAAUGGGGAAAUAGGUGGAGGGGAGGCUGGACUCUGCCACAGAAAUGAACAUCAGGAACAAUUAGAAGAAAACAACAACAGGUUUAUUGCAGUGGAUGAAGAAUACUCUGGUAAUCAAGAAGAAGAGGAAGAUGAUGAACACGUUGGUGAACAAGAUGAGGAGGAGAUGGAGGAAGAGGAAGAUAUGGACCAGGACAGUGAUGAUUUUGAUCAGUCUGAUGAAAGCAGCAGAGAUGAUGAACAUGCUAAUAGUAAUAGUGUCACAAAUUCAAAUAGUAUAAUGGACUUAGCAAUACAUCAACAGUCAUCUCCGUUCUACAUAAAGUCAAAAAUGAAGAGAAAGUUGGACCAUGGCUCCGAGGUCCGUUCUUUCUCCCUGGGAAAGAAACCUUGCAAAGUCUCAGAAUAUACAAGCACUACUGGGCUUGUGCCUUGCUCGGCAACACCUACUACGUUUGGAGACCUGAGAGCAGCCAAUGGUCAAGGACAGCAACGACGCCGAAUUACAUCCAUCCAGCCACCAACAGGACUUCAGGAAUGGCUGAAAAUGUUUCAGAGCUGGAGUGGACCAGAGAAGUUACUUGCCUUAGAUGAACUGAUUGAUAGUUGUGAACCAACACAAGUGAAGCAUAUGAUGCAAGUGAUAGAGCCCCAAUUUCAACGAGACUUCAUAUCCUUGCUCCCCAAAGAGUUGGCUCUAUAUGUGCUUUCAUUUCUGGAACCCAAGGACCUGCUACAGGCUGCACAGACAUGUCGAUACUGGAGAAUUCUGGCAGAGGACAACCUUUUGUGGAGAGAGAAAUGCAGAGAAGAGGGGAUUGAUGAACCAUUACAUAUCAAGAGGAGGAAAGUAAUAAAACCCGGCUUCAUUCAUAGUCCAUGGAAAAGUGCUUAUAUCAGACAGCACAGAAUUGAUACUAACUGGCGGCGAGGAGAACUUAAAUCUCCUAAGGUUCUCAAAGGUCAUGAUGACCAUGUGAUCACAUGUCUACAGUUCUGUGGUAAUCGAAUAGUCAGUGGCUCUGAUGAUAAUACAUUAAAGGUUUGGUCAGCAGUUACAGGAAAGUGUUUAAGAACACUUGUUGGACAUACAGGUGGAGUUUGGUCAUCACAAAUGAGAGACAAUAUAAUCAUCAGUGGAUCUACAGACCGAACUCUUAAAGUAUGGAAUGCAGAGACUGGAGAAUGUAUACAUACACUAUAUGGGCAUACCUCAACUGUACGUUGUAUGCAUCUCCAUGAAAAAAGAGUUGUCAGUGGAUCUCGAGAUGCCACCCUGAGAGUUUGGGACAUAGAGACAGGCCAGUGUUUACAUGUUCUGAUGGGUCAUGUUGCUGCAGUCCGGUGUGUACAAUAUGAUGGCAGGAGGGUUGUUAGUGGAGCAUAUGAUUUUAUGGUCAAGGUAUGGGAUCCAGAAACUGAAACCUGUCUACACACCUUGCAAGGACAUACUAACAGAGUCUAUUCAUUACAGUUUGAUGGUAUCCAUGUGGUGAGCGGGUCUCUUGAUACUUCCAUCCGAGUUUGGGAUGUGGAGACAGGCAACUGUAUUCAUACGUUAACAGGCCACCAGUCGUUAACAAGCGGAAUGGAACUCAAGGACAAUAUUCUAGUCUCUGGGAAUGCAGAUUCCACAGUCAAAAUCUGGGAUAUCAAAACAGGACAGUGUUUACAAACGUUGCAAGGUCCCAACAAGCAUCAAAGUGCUGUGACCUGUUUACAGUUCAACAAGAACUUUGUAAUUACCAGCUCAGAUGAUGGGACUGUAAAACUAUGGGACUUGAAAACGGGUGAAUUUAUCCGGAAUCUAGUUACAUUGGAAAGUGGGGGGAGUGGAGGCGUCGUGUGGCGGAUCAGAGCCUCCAACACGAAGCUAGUGUGUGCAGUUGGAAGCCGGAAUGGGACUGAGGAAACCAAGCUGCUGGUGUUGGACUUUGACGUGGAUAUAAAGUGAAGCUUGAAAAGAUUAUUUUGUCCAGAAAUGCAAAUGAUGUUCUAUCCUCCCUCCCUCCCUCCGCAAAAAGAAAAAAAAAAUCCCUUGUCCUUGGUGGUGCAGGAUGUUGGCUUGGGGCAACAGAUCCUAAAGACCUACAGACUACAAAGGAGAAAACAAAAAGUUGACAAACUGUAACUGACAAGAGAGGCAUUUGCUGUCUCAUUACAUCAAAGGCUUCACUUUUGAAUGGGCAGCUUUGCAAAAUAUGACUUUCUAAAUCAAGCCAGGUGCAAUUAUUACUUUUGUUUCUCUUUCUCUUUCAGUGUUCAAUGAGCAUUGUGGAGACUUUAAAAGUUGUUACAAUUCUUGUUAACCCUUUUCUUUUACCACAGAAAUCUAGAAAGGAGCUUCAUACCUCCAAUAUCAGUUACUGAUUGUCUUUCAAACAAGAGAGCAUCUGUGACAGCAAAGAAUCCUUUCCAUGUGUGGAAAAGCUAAAUCUUACUGUGAAUUGUUUUGUACAGUUUUACAGCUUUUUUUUUUAUUUUGCCAACCAUUGCCAAUGUCAAUCACAGUAUUAGCCUCCGUUGAUCUUUUUACUGUUGCUUCCAUCUACGCUCUUCAAUGCAUAAGUUGCUCUGAGGUGGCAAGUUGUCUAAGAUUCCUCAGAAGGAUUUAAUACAUGAUGCUGGUGCUAGAAGUAGGUCUUCAACUAUGGGAUUGUUGUCCCACCCCUGUACUGUAUUCCCAGUGGCCAAACUUAUUUAUGCUGCUAAAUGAAAGGAAAAAAAGCAAAUUAUUUUUAUUUUUUUUUCUGCUGUGACGUUUUAGUCCCAGACUGAAUUCCAAAUUUGCUCUAGUUUGGUUACGGAGAAAAAAAAGACUUUUUUGCCACUGAAACUUGAGCCAACUGUGCCUCUAAGAGGCUGAGAGUGGAAGAGUUUCAGACAAUGUAGAGUGAAGUUUGCUUGCAAGUAAAGAAUUGAGAGUGUGUGCAAAGCUUAUUUUCUUUCUUUCUUUUUCUGGGCAAAAAUUAAAACACAUUCCUUAGGACAAAGCUCUUGCAGCCUGUUCUGUGGGGAAACGUUUCUUUGUGAGGGCUGUGGUGAAUGGAAUAAACAGACAUAAUGAAACUGACAAGAUUUUAAAGAAAAGCAUACAAAAAUGAAAAUAAAGUUGCUGGUCAGUCUUAGUGUUUUACAGAAUUUGAGAAUAACUGUUACAAUUUUAUGACGAUGAGUAACUGACAGAGCAAAAACACUUCAGUUUUUGUGGUAAAGUUGUCACAUGAAAAAAGAAUGAAAUUGUCAAAUGGUUUGCCUCAUUCUCCAAGAGCCACAACUCAAGCUGAACUGUGAAAGUGGUUUAACACUGUAUCCUAGGCGAUCUUGUUUUUUUCCUCCUUUUUUGGUUUAUUUAUAGUCUGGUUUUUUGUUUUUUUUAAGAAAUCAGAUUUCAGUUUGUUAAUUUUAGUUAUGUAACAACCUGACAGGAUGGAGGAAAACAACCUUUAAAGGGAUUGUGUCUAUGAUUUGAUUCACUUAGAAAUUUUAUUUUCUUAUAACUUAAGUGCAAUAAAAAUGUGUUUUUUCAUGUUAA